AUGUCUAUUGUAAAACAAGAUUGGCUUGUUAGGAAUGAAUUGGAUCCCAAUAGGUUAGCUUGCCCAAACCCAAAGGCUGAUGUGAAUCAAGAUAAUAUCCAGAAUUUAGGUGUGUUCCCUCUGUUGUACCAAGAAGGUGUACAAAACGUCCUAUUAAGCUGGUUUCAAUUCCUUGGCUGGGCGUUCAAUGGGGUAUUGAAUGCGAUAUUGAUCUUCUUCUUUUGCUCCCGUGCAAUGGAACAUCCUGCCUUUCGUAAAGGUGGUGAAGUUGCAGAAUUUGAAAUCCUUGGAACUGUCAUGUACACUUGCAUUGUAUGGGUGGUGAAUUGUCAAAUUGCACUAUCCACUAACUAUUUCACUUUAAAAAAUCAUUGCUACAUCUGGGGUAGCAUUAUAUCAUGGUACAUAUUUCUAUUGGCAUAUGGAGCAAUGAACCCCAUCAUAUCAACAACAGCCUAUAAGGUCUUCAUUGAAGCCUGUGCACCAGCCCCUUCUUAUUGGCUUCUCACACUGUUUGUGGUAAUCACUUCUCUAAUCCCAUAUUUCACAUACAGAUCCAUCCAACUGUGGUUUUUCCCCAUGUAUCAUCAGAUGGUACAGUGGAUAAGUAAAGAUGGGCAAUCAGAUGAUCCUCAGUACUGUCAGAUGGUAAGACAGAGAUUGUUAAGGCCUACAACAGUGGGAUAUACAGCCAUUUGGAGGCAACAUCCAAACGCUUUCUAG